GGCCACUUGGGAGGAUCACACCACGUUCGGUGUGCUGCACGCGGUAAAAGGCGUUCUUAUCAGUCUUCGUUCAGUGAAAUCAGGGCUGUGGACCCAAAAAAGAGAGUGCCUCUGAUAAGCGAUCGAUCGUUCGGACAGGGGCAGUGUCGUAAGUAUGGCCCGCGGAAAGUGGCCACCGUCGUUUCGCGGGAUCGCGGGUGUCGUGACGAUUCUGGCCGUCACCAUCGUUGCCGGGCAGCAGUCGGAGGCGUGUAGCAAAGUUCCGUCGUUGGAUGGGCGAUUGGUCGCCACCCCGAAGCAACCGGGAGACAACGGGUACCGUCUGGCCAUCCGCGACGAACCGCAGGGAUACGAGGCGGGCAAAAUUUACAACCUAUUUAUCGUCGGUUCGCGAACGCACGCAAAGCUGCAACAGUUCACGCACUUCACGCUGGUGGCGCAGGCCAAGAAUGGUGUGCGCACGCACGUCGGCGGCCCGAAGCGUGUCGGGCGUUUUCAGCUGUUUAGCGAUUCGCUCACCAAGUUCCACGAGCAGUGCGUCAACACGGUCACGCAGGCGGACGAUUUCCCCAAGUCGGAGAUUCAGGUAAUGUGGGUCGCACCGGCAGCCGGCUCCGGGUGCGUGAGCAUUUCCGCCAUGGUCUACGAAAGCGAGCAACAGUGGUACGCCGAUGAUGGUGCCCUUACCCGGGUGCUGUGCGAGGACAAACCCGAGCCAAGGCUCCGGAAGGGAGAGUGCUGCGCCUGCGACGAAGCAAAGUACAGCUUCACCUUCGAAGGCAUCUGGUCGAACGAAACGCACCCUCGGGACUAUCCGUUCGCGAUCUGGUUGACGCACUUUUCCGACGUGAUCGGUGCGUCGCACGAAACGAACUUUUCGUUCUGGGGCGAGAACCAUAUCGCCACCGACGGCUUCCGGAUGCUGGCCGAGUGGGGCUCGGUGCGGCUGCUGGAGGAGGAGCUGCGUGCCAAGUCCAACCGGUUGCGGACGCUCUUCAAGGCCGCCGGUCUGUGGUACCCGCGGGUCAACGCCAACACGACGUCCAACUUCCGGGUCGACCGGAAGCACCACAAAGUGUCGCUCGCCUCCAUGUUCGGCCCUUCGCCCGACUGGGUGGUCGGUGUGGCCGGUCUAGACCUGUGCCGGGCGGAUUGCACGUGGACCGAGUCACUCGACAUCGACCUGUUCCCGUGGGACGCCGGAACGGACAGUGGCAUUAGCUACAUGUCGGCCAACGCGGAAACACAACCACGCGAGCGGAUGCAUCGCAUCACCACGCUCUACCCGGAGGACCCACGGGCCCCGUUCUACGAUCCCCAGUCGACCAGCAUGACGCCGCUGGCACGGCUUUACCUUAGGCGCGAUCGCGUCAUGCCUCAGAACUGCGACGAAGCGUUCCUUCAGGCGCAAGUGCUGGAGUUGGCGGAAAACAGUGAGGAAGAGACACGGCCCGAAUGUGCCACCAGCGAGUACAGCCCUUGGACGCCGUGCUCGGUGACGUGCGGCAAGGGUAUCCGGAUGCGAACGCGCGACUAUCUGCAACCGGCCCAACGGGCACUCGCGGUGCCCUGUGCCCGACAGUUAGUCGCGAAGGAGAUGUGCGUGGCUGCGGUGGCCGAGUGCCCGGCCGAGUCGAUGGCGGCCGGCGCUGGCGAAGACGAGGCGGGUAGCUCCGAGGACGUCGGCAAACUGGCGGCCAGCGUGGACGACACGGGCGAAGGUGUUGGCGUGUGCAGAACGACCCACUGGUCCGAGUGGUCCGAGUGUUCCGUCAGCUGCGGAAUUGGCGUAACGAUGCGUACGCGAACGUUCGUCGAGCACGCGGGACGCAAAAAGUGUCCGCACAUCAGUGUUGUCGAAAAACAAAAGUGCAUGCUACCGGAGUGUUCCAUCACCGACAUGGAGGCACCCGAUUCGCUCUGCCCCGUCACACCCUGGAGCGACUGGAGCCCGUGCAGUGCGACGUGUGGCCGCGGGGUGACGAUUCGCACCCGACUGUUGCUACUGGCGCCCGACGAGCAGUCACGGUGCACGAACCGGAUCGAGCUGAACCAGCAGCGGGCGUGCAGCGAUAAAACCGACUGCCUGUACGAUACGUUCACGGCGCAGGAAAUCUGCUCCCAGCAGCCGGAAGCGGGCCCGUGCCGUGGACGUUACCAGCGCUACGCGUUCGCCGCCAGUCAGGGAACGUGUGUCCCGUUCUACUACGGUGGUUGCCGCGGAAAUCGGAACAAUUUUGUUACCGCCGAAGAUUGUAUGCAAACGUGUGCCCGUGGCACAGAUGGGUCCUCUUCGCCCGUGGUGACGCCAGCGGCUGAAAACGACGGCCAUUUGAGGUCCAACAGCCCGUACGACACGCUGCCCGUCGACUGUGUGCUGUCCGAUUGGUCCGACUGGAGCCCGUGCUCGGUGAGCUGUGGCACCGGGCGUUCGGAGCGGAUUCGGACGAUCGUCGUACAACCACGCAACGGUGGUCAACCGUGUCCACCGCGGAUCGUAAAGCGUCGCAAGUGCACCGGACCGCCGUGUGCCUAGCGACGGCAACAAGUUCCAAUACAAAAGAAAGUAGCCGCACAACGCGUAGAAUAAAGUAGAUUAUACAGGAGAAAAUGUAUACCUAGCACACGGUGUCCCUGCCGGUUCAAUAAAGAGCGCCAACGC